CAAAAUAUGUUUGUGUUUUCAGUUGAGGCAACUAUACCUGUACACUGUACUAAAACUGCCAUUUUAUUAAUUUAAUAAUCUUAACUUGCCAUGGAUCAAGGCGGAGCUUACGGUGCAAGAAAGUCUGGGGAACCUUUCAAUUUGAUAGAGUUCGUGAAACAACCAAAGACAAUUUUACGUUUAUUGAGUUGGGUAUUCUCCAUCAUUGUGUUUGGGUGCAUUGUAUCGGAAGGGUAUGACAAAAACGAAAGCUGCAUUUUUGGGGACGAUCCAAAUGCAUGUCAUUAUGGAGUAGCUAUUGGCGUGCUUGCAUUCAUCAUUUCCACUGUGUUUUUCGCUGCUGACCUUGUUUUUCCAAGUAUCAGCAGUGCUGAGAAGAGAAAAAAGGUGGUAAUGGCCGACGUCUUCUUUUCUGGGUCAUGGGCUUUCCUUUAUUUUGUCGGAUUCUGCUACCUUACCAACUCAUGGGCAAGGAGGAACCCAGUAGACCCUGCCAGUGCCGAUUAUGGGGCGGGUAAUGCUCAAGCAGCAAUUGCGUUCUCAUUCUUUUCCAUUAUCACCUGGGCUGGGCUGACCUACUUCGCAGUACAAGCUUACAGACAAGGCUCUAUCUCAGCCUUUGCACCUUCCUAUUCAGACCCAGGUAUUGAAAGCACAGCACCUUACACCUCCUUCCCUGGAGCAGCAGAAAUGUCAUCGCCAGGUUACCAACAAGGACCAUUCAAACAAGAAGCAGAACCAUCUGGCUACCAACCACCCACAUAUUAACAUUGGAAAUUCUUAUAAUAAAUGUAUAUACGGCAAAUAGAAAUCAGACCAAACUGUAAUAAACAUAUAGUGUAGUUAAGUUGUACUGUUCUUAAUUCAUUUUCCUGCCACAGCAGGCAUUAAUAUUCUCUGCAAAAAAAAUAAUUACAAAGUUUGAAAAGACGAUAGGUAUAUACAUAUAUACAUAUAUAUAUAUACAAAUUGUUUUACCUCAGCUGAAGUAACAUCAAAAACAAUAUUAAAGUCAUUGCAUAUGGAUGGUGUUAUGCUUCAGUUGCUGUAGUAUAUUGUAUCCAAUUAAAACCGAACCAGUUUUAAAUAAUUCACCGGAAAUGUAAUGAAAUACAUGUCAAUACCUGAAUCUUUUAGCAAUAUAUGGUUGGUGUGUUAUUGCUUAUGUUGUUUUUUGUUUUAUACACCAUGGUUAAAUAUAUAAUGCACACAAAAUCUUCUGCAUUAGUUUUGAAUGUGUGAAACAUGGGGUUAUAUUCCAUGAAAGUAAGGUCCUUGUCAAGAACCUGGGAUUUAGGCCAGAAAUGGCCCAUUAUAAAACCUAGUAAUUGGUAGUCACAUCUUUUUUGGUCAUUUCUACAUCUGACCAACUACAUAUGUAAGGUGUGCAUUACAAUGCAUAAGUAAUUGGGGGUUUAAAUAUUCUUACAAAAGGUAAAUUUCUCCUGAAAUUUUAAACACAAUCAACAUGUUAUUGUGAUACACGUUGUGCAGUACGUUCUGGCUUUUUAUAAAUUUUACAUGUCGUAGUUUUAUUUUGUGUCCAUUGUUGAAGUGUGUUGUUCACCUUGUAUGCAACAUGUACAUUGUAAUACUAUUCGGCGCAG